AUGCUUUCGACGUCGUCAGAGCAGUUUGAAAGGCAAAAAGCGAUAUCCAUCAACGUUAUAGAGGGAAGAAAACUUGCUUGGUUCAACCCACACUCAGCUAAUUCGUACGUUAUAGUGGUGUAUGGAAAGAAGAAAUCUAGAACGAGCUUAAGAAGAAAUAUGCUUGAACCAUACUAUAAUGAAGUAUUAACUUUUGAUACCUGCGCCAACAUCGAAGAUAUACUAAAAACAAAUGUAUGGGUUGCAAUUAUGGAGCCGAGAUGCUAUGCGUCGCCUCGAAUUCUUGGAGAGACCUCAAUAGAUUUGAAUCUUAUUUGGACCCAACCCAAUCACCAAGCAGUGCACAAAUGGGUCCAGUUGUAUUUACCCCGCAAUCACUCGUUCGGGCCGGUUGGGUUUUUGAAAUUGUGUAUUUCAAUCUCUUUUAGAGGAGAAAUGCUAAACUAUUCUGCCAGCGUGAGAAAUGAAAAAGUAGAGGAAACUCUUCUCUUAUCGGGAUCGGAGCAGCAGUGUGCCAAUUACCAGAUAACAAUUUACGAGGCGUUUGGUCUACCAUGUAGCUCCAGAGGAGAUAGAAGAUAUACAAAGCCACCCAGUACUUAUGUGAAAGUGUUUUUCUGUGGACUUGUGGCCAGAACAGCGAUACAAUCCAAAACAAAUAAUCCCAAAUAUUAUGAGCAAAUAUCAAUUGUUGAAAUGUUUCCGAAUAUGAGUCGUGUAAUUCGUAUAGAAGUUUGGUCCACGGAAGACAAUACGAAAAAGCCGUUGGCCAGCACACACUUGUCGCUAGAAAACAUCUCAUACGAUGGUGAAAAUGGGUUCUUACCAACAUUUGGCCCAUCCUUACUUCAUAUGUAUGGCGCUUGUAAUGCCUCUGAUGAUGGGCCUUACCAUACAGGCGCUGUUUUGAUAUCUUUGAAUACAAUUGUUCCGUAUUAUCAGAACAAUUUAAGAACAGUUCACGUUGAACCCACAUCUUUACAAAUUGAUGAUAUUUGGCAAACAAAAGAAAUAUGUUUAAACUGCUCUGUUUUUGAAGUGUCUAUGUUAGAUCGAGAAGUUGUUGGUAAAGCAUGCGGGGUGGCAAUAACAUUUGGGGAAAUUUCAUCACUGAAACAUAAGGAUGAAGCUUUCCUAUCCUUUAUGAAUGAUUUACGAACUCACAAAUACCACUAUACGGGGUGUUUGAAUAUCGCUAAAGUGCCUCCUUAUGGAUACUUGGACUUUUCCGGAGCAUUUCCAGUAUUGCAAAUUGCGACUUAUUUGCCCGACUAUAGAUUUCGAAUGUUCAAGCAUAAUAUGGUUGAGAAGAUUAUUAUACAUUUGGAAACAACUUUAGGAGAAAUUGAAAGGCAUAUAGAAUGUAAAAAAGAGAUGACAGAUGAGCUUCUUAACAAAAUAAAUUCGUGUUUAAAUGACACCGCAUGCAGUAUUCUUAAUUUCUUAGGACUUCUACAAACUUUGAAGGAAGAAAAUAUAACAUAUAAUCCUACAGAAUUAGACAAGAAAGAGAUUGCUUUGCUAAACGAGGAAAUGGAGAAAAUCUACUAUCGGAUAUCUAAUAGAAUUAGCUCAGUAUCGAGUUUAUCUGGAACAAUGUGGAAGUGUUCUAAUGAUGAAACCAUUGUUUUCAAGAAAGCGGUGAAAUCUUUGUUAUUUGAAGGCCAAUUGAUAGCUGACAGCUUGAAGAAAAUUCAAUUGAACGCACCUCACGGAUGGCCUGAUAUAAUAGUUUGGUUGCUAAAUGACGGAUCAAGAGUAGCGUAUGCAAAAUUAUCUCCAACUGAUUACCUAUUCUCUGAUGUACCCGAGCAAGUUGGAAAGUUUUGUGGAAAAAUACAAACAUUGAUUAUGAAGCCAUUAAAAUGUCCAUAUCACGUCACUUCAGUUGGCUGUAUAUGUAUGGUAGGAAAAGCAGAGUUAUCGUUCUGGUUAGGGACCUACCAGGAGAAGUCUGCCUUUGAGUUCUGCGUUCCGCCAGGUUAUAGGUUGAAACUAAAGGGCUUGGAUAAAUGCCUAAGAUGCUCCUCCACGAUAGUUGAAGUUCGGGCUUUUAUUUAUAAAGCAAAAAUUUUAAACCAGUCAUCAGCUAUUAGACAAGGAAAAUUAUUUGUCAGGAUCAAUAUUUUUAACUCAGUUAAAGAAACAGAGGAAAUAUGUUAUACGCAUAUACCGUUAUGGAACCAAGUCUUGAAGACACAAAAAAUGUUUUUCGUCCCACCUGAAAGAUUAUGGACCAGCCCACCACAUGCAACUGUGGAAAUCGUUAACGUAGAAACUUCGGGUAAGAGGGAGAUAAUUGGUCGGGUUCUGGUUAGAAGUGCAGUUGAUGACCGACAAGAUUAUGCAUUCGCUCCAAAACUGGAAUGGUAUGAAUUGUACACAGGUGUCGAAUGUACGGGAGAAAUACUGAUGUCAAUCCAGACAAUACAGGUUGUAGAAAAAUUUGUGAAAUCAACGCUAUAUUCUCCAUUGGAAGACUCAUUUAUGGUGGCUGAUUUUAAAGAAAUUGAUGAACCGGAUACGAUUGAACCACUUCCAUCUACUUUAAUUCCUAAAUUAUCAACUUAUAAAGUUGACGUUUACUGGUGGGGAUUACGCGAUGUAAAUAUUACAAGAAAACCUUGCGUGACGCUUGAAAUAGACAAUGUCGUUAUAAAAUCUAAUAUAAUCAUAGAUAAGAAGAUGAAUAGUAAUUUUCAAAAUGGUAGAAUGUCAGCCACAUUUCAGGCAGAUGAUUUACCCAUGUUGAAUAUACGGCUGCACGAUAGCAGUACUUUUGGAAGGACAUUAUACCUGGGUGCUAAUGCUGUGAAGAAUCCUAAAAAGUUCAUAGUCGAUUGUAUACCACAACAAGAUAGGGAUGCCUCUUUACAACGAGCGUCUAUAAUAUCAUCAGACUUUCUUCAAGUUAGUCCAAACCUAUGUGUCAAGAAAAACAGCCAAUCAAAAUGGCCCCACAGCAUCGAAAGUGAUUCUAUUAAUGCCUCUAUGAACAAUAUUCGAAGAUCGUAUUGGCAUAGAUUAUGCUGUUCAGAGCCGGCUGAGGAGGAGUAUAUUUUAUUACCAGUUGUUAAAAAUAAACAGAAAUGUCAAAAUAAGUGUGCGUUGCCCAAGACAGAUUGGUGGACGAGAUAUGUGCAGUCUUUAGAGAACUACGCGCGUAGUGACGUUACCACAGAUCAUAUGACGAUUUACGAUUCUGAGUUAGAACUUCAACCACAAUUUUCAAAACUACGGGAUUGGUGUUCAGCAAUAAAACUGUAUUAUAAGAAAGGCAGGUUAAGUGAAAAUAAUCAAUUGAUUUGCGGUCGUAUAAAGGCUGGAUUAGCAAUAUACAGGUGGCCCCCACCCGGUGACACCGUAAAUGUCAGUGCCAGUGGAGUCGAUUUAAAUAAAGGAUAUUUUGACGAUCACCCUAAUAACGACCCAGCCAAGUUCUUGAUCAGAGUUUAUAUCAUAAGAGCAUUUAAUUUGAAGACAAAAGAAUUUGGUAAAUCAGAUCCUUAUACAGUUGUCAAUUGUGGAAAAAAACAUUUUGGCAAUCGAGCGGAUUAUGUCGCAAAUAGUUGGAAUCCAAUAUUUACCAAAGUACACGAGUUUCGUUGCAAUAUACCAGAAGAGUACAAAAUAACAAUAUCGUUGUACGACUACAACGCAAUACCCCCAGAUGAAAUAAUUGGAUCUACUACAGUAGACUUAGAAGACCGCAUUUAUACGAAACAUAGAGCACGAGUUGGACUUUCAAAGGAAUUUACUCUAAACGAACAAACGAAAUGGCGGGACUGCGUCAAACCAUCGGAAAUUCUUGCGGACCUUUGCCAGAAGAAUCACCUACUCCCACCGGUGUUUUUAGAUACCUCUGCGGUUGUAAUAAAUGGUGUUAAAUACGUGGACGAAGGCAAUCAUCGAGAUAUAACAUACUCAUCAACAGAACGUAAAGAAAAUUUGUGCUUGAGUAUUUUACAUAAAUGGCAUACUAUUCCCAUUUGUGGUUAUCAUUUGGUGCCAGAACACGUUGAAACCAGAUUUCUUUAUAAUGAUGAUAAGCCCGGUAUUGAACAGGGUCAAUUGCACAUGUGGGUGGAUAUUUUUCCAUUACAAUGCGAUACUUUUAUUCCGCCUCCUUUGGAGAUAAAACCAUUUGAUCUAGAGGAAUUUGAACUUCAUAUUGCUAUCGACUCAGUACGUGAUGUGGAGUUAAAUAAUCUACGAAAUAACUUGGAUUUAUUCGUUAGAGCAUGGCUCGGCUCAAGUGAAAAUGCUCAAGAAAAGAGGCUUUACACUCAUAAAACAACUGAUAAGUUUAAUUGCCAAAUGAUAUUUAGUUUCCAAUAUCAGUUGACAGCAAAAAAGCUACACACGAAAGAAGUUGGCGCUCUAAAUGAAUUAAGAGAUAAUUUAUCUCCGCUUUUAGUGGUUCAAAUAAUUGAAAUGUCAACCGUUGCUGUCUGUUUAGGUACCUUAAAGUUAAAUCUUAAUGAAAUGUCCCAAGGCACAAAUCACCUCCAUGAUUGCAAUAUCGAGCGCCUUGAAAUGGGAAACAAGGUCGAUCUGUUUACAAUUGGAACGCAUCGUGCCUGGUGGCCAUUGCAAACAUUGAACGACCGAGGCAAUACGGAGCAAUCUGGUUUAAUUGAAAUGGAUCUGAAUUUAAUACGCUUAGAAAAAGCUACUUUAUUUCCCGUCGAUUUUGAGCUUCCUUUUCCACAGGCUGGACCGAGUCACAAAGACGUUGAAUCUCUAAGUAAAAGGAGCUUUCAUUUCUGCCGAAGAAAUUCUACGAAUCUACUUUUAUUAUUAUUAGGCGUUAUUAUUAUAAUAUUUGUUACUUCUUUCUUUUAUCUUGAUUUACCAGCAAUGGUGUCUUAUUACUGGUAUCUUUUAUGGCCACGAUGAAUGUUCUUUCUGUAUUAUAGACAUGAAGAGAGCACACCAGCAUACAAUAACUACCAUAGGAUCCGUGUGUUUAUCUACUUUUAAAAGAUUUUAAGACUUUAGGUCUUAUUUAGAAACAACAAAAUAUUAGAUAAUUGUUUUUAUUAUGUUUAUAUAAAUCAUAUAUAUGUCAAAUUACAAGUGUGAAAAUAAGGUUUCUUUAACAAAAUAAAAAAUAAUAAUCUUGAUGGAGGGCUAGAAUUGGUGGAGACAUUUUUAUGAAUUCUUAUUUGAUUAACAGCUAUGGUGUAUAGAAUUUAAGGUUAUUUAAUUUAUAGUACAACCUUUAAAUCUCAUAAAUCACCUGUGAAAAGUUGGUGGCAAAACGAUGGAACGACAAUAUGUUUUACAUGUUAUGAAAGUAUGCCAUGUAUCACCUCCACGUGGCUUCUACUUUAAUAUUUUAUUUAUUGUCCUGGGUAAACUACCCUAUGCCUUAUACAUAUAUACUAUGCUAUGUCUGCAUUUAAUAAAUUUUUAUUAUUACUUUUACUU